GCAUUGCCCAUCGCAAGGUGGCAUUGCUAUCGUUUUGGCCAGCUAUGGGAGAGAAGUAAACAAAAGAACUGAUACGCUCCAUUCGGAGACGGUAUGCCUGGAGUGAAGUGGUAAUCCCGUUCUCGAACGUGUCGUGUGGUUUGUCCAUGCACAAAAUUAGAGACGUUAUUCAGAGGAGAAAACUGAAAUGUCGUCGAGAACAGAUGUCGAAUUAGUUACACCCACAAAGAACACCUCAAACAUACAAUGCAACGUAGAUAUGGAGAUUACUGUUUCAAAAACAUUGCAGAAACAUACCACUGUACGAGGAAAAGUUUCAGAGAUUUGUAAAUUUGGCACAUUGAUUGCCGUUCUCAUCAUUCUAAUAAGGUGUGUGUACAUGAAUGGAAAACAAUUUGAGUUACAGAUGAAUGAAUUGAACUACAACAUUGUUCAAUUAUCGCGUCAAUAUGAUAUGCUCAAUCGAAAUCUAAAUCACAUAUGCUUUGAUAAAACAACAUAUUCUAAUGAUUUCAUUAAUUUAAUUAAAUCUACUCACGAACUCUCUAAUCUACUUAAGUUUUAUAUAAAUGAUGAGCAUAUAUAUGACAACAGCGAGAAGGAAUCGCGGACUAAAAGAUUACGAAGAGAUAAUGGUAAGAAUAAAAAAGGGAAUAAUAUGAAAAGACCCAACCGCAGUUUCAGACGAUUGGAUCCGUUGGUAGCUACGUUUGUUGGUGCAAUACCAGAACAACGUAUUUACGAUACAGUACAAAUUGGGCCAUGGAAGAAAAACAAUAGGACCAGUAGCCAUUUUGAUUUUACUAAGUUUCAUUUGGUGGAGGACAAUAUGUCGAUCGAAGUUACCAUAAGUGGUUUAUACAUAAUCUCUGUACAGAUUUUUUAUUACGGAGAAUCAAAAAAAUGUUCGUAUGACGUAUUGUUAAAUUCUGAAGGCAUGUUUGAGGCAAAGCAGCUCGUUACAUGCAUCACUGCUACUUCUCAUGCAACUAGUGAGAUAACGUGCCAUACGAGUGUAGUCACCUAUCUACAAAAAGGCGACAGACUAAGUAUACACCAAAGGGAAACAGAUAGGUUGAUUGAUUUGAGAGAGGGAUAUAGUCAUGUACAACUUGUGAUGCUUGCGCAAAAGAAGAGGCGGUAAAAAAUAGAGUUAUAAGUUUGCUUGUGAAUGUAAAUAUAUUUUCUCAAUCUGACAAAUAUAUAACAUUUAUUCUCAUAACGUUGAUAAGCCAAUGGUUGUGACUAGUACGAGUAGAAUUAAUGAGAAGUUAUGCUUACAAGAUAAUUGGUGAUCUCCCGGGAAAAAGUAAUUAU